ACAUCUGUCAUCACUACUUCCACAAUCCGAAAUCAAUUAUUUAUAUUUGUUUUAAUUUCUUAAAUAUAAAAAAUUUCAAUUUUAUAUUAAUUAAAAUAUUAUUGUAUCAAAAAAUGUGGCAUUGAAAUUUCUUCCGGGGAAUGCAGAUUGUCUCCAAACAAGACUUAAACUUUAAUUUCCAAAGAUCAAAAUCUGACAAACAAACAAAAGACAACAUUCCAGUACAUAUUGAUGACAUUUCUCGUUAACGUCAAAAAGAAUUUACGACCCAAACCGACAAAUCAGCUUUAUCUUCGAAAGUCUUUUGUUUUUAUUUUUGUUGAAAACAAAAAUGAGUAGCUCAAAUUAUGAUGCACUCCGUAAACAAGCCCGUCACCUAGAGAAUGAAAUCGAUUUGAAGCUCGUUGCAUUCAGUAAAAUUGGGGCAGGCUCCUCUAGUUCGGGUGGUCAUAGUUCAGCAGAUACAUCACCGCUUCUUGGCGAACAUGUCUUCGAUUCACUUUCGGAAGAAAUUGCUCAAAUGCUCGAUAAGCUUUCAUCACUCAAUGAGAACAUGUCAGAAUUGCCGACUUCUGGGGCAGCUGCCAUUCACACCCUCCAACGACAUCGAGAAAUUCUGCAAGGCUACCGACAAGAGUUCAAUAAAAUAUGUGCCAAUCACACCACACGCAUGGAACGCGAGGAGCUGUUACGCGGCUCUGGGCUAUCAACAAACCUUAACAGUCCUUCUAGUUCUGGAUUGAGCAGGAGAGAUAUGUACUUGAAAGAAAGUAGUCACAUCAACAGUUCCAACUCUUUGAUAAACGAUCAGAUCAGCAUCGCAAUGGAGACAAAGGAACACCUUCUCUCACAGAGGCAGUCGUUCAAACGUCUACAGACUAGAUUCAAUGAUAUAUCAAAUCGAUUUCCUUUGAUUUCCAGCUUGGUGCAGCGGAUAAAUAUAAAGAAACGUCGUGACUCGAUGAUAUUGGGACUCGUCAUUGGAGUCUGCACUAUUCUCUUGCUACUUUAUGCUUUCAACUGAAAGGAAAGCGCAAAGGAACUCUGUAUGUGGAAAUGAAUUUGGAUGGUGAAGCGGACUAAGAGGCAAAAACCUCUUUUAUUUAAACAAAAAAAAGAAAAAAAUUAAAGUAAAAAAUAUUUUAUUCCAAAAGAAAAAUUAAUUUAAAUUAAGUCGAUGUAAUUUGUGAUAAAGUCAAGUAAAGCUAACGAUAUAUUUUAUCUAAAUUUAUUGGAUUGAA